UGUCGGCGCCAUGGUUCUCAACGUCUUCCGGAAGGCCGAGGUCGACCUGUCGGACGACUCGAAGGCCUUUAUCAACUCGCUGCCAUCGACGUUCAUCAACCUCUUCCGUAAGAAGCGCAACCUCUUCCCUGUCUGGAGCUCGCACAAGUACUGCGUCAUGAUCAAGGCCAACUUCCUCGUCUACUACCGCGCAGCCAAGACAGCGGCGACGACGACCGACGACCGGCACUACAAGUUUUUGAACCUCAAGGCCUGCCAGAUCAAGCUCGUCGACGACGACAACCUCGGCAACGUCUUCAUCAUCACGCCCGAGACUGGCCGUGGCAGCGUCACGUUCGCUGCCGAUAGCGAGAAGGACCGCGCCAAGUUUGUCACACACGCGCACGGCGUCCAGCGUCUCGUCCCGUCGCCGACCGAUUUUGCGACGCUCAAGCUCAUUGGGAAAGGCCAUUACGGCCGCGUGAUCCUGGCACGUGGCCCCAGCGCACAGCUGUAUGCGAUCAAGGAGAUGAAGGCCGGGCAGGUCAAGCCAAAAGUCAUUCACACCGAGCGCAUGGUCAUGGAGUGGGUCGCUGAGCAUCCGUAUGUGCUUGGGCUCGACUACGCCUUCUCGAGCGGUCGAUCGCUAUACCUCGUCUCAAAGUUUAUGCCGGGCGGCGACCUCUUCCUUCACAUGCAAAACCACGGCGGGUCCUUUGCCGAGUCGGUCGUGCGCUUCUACGCCACAGAGCUUGUCCUUGCACUGGAGCAUUUGCACACGAUGCACAUUCUGCACCGCGACAUCAAACCCGAGAACGUGCUUCUCGAUACGGACGGGCACAUCAAGCUUGCCGACAUGGGCCUCUCCAAGCGUCUCGAGACCCACCACGCACGCACCAAGACCAUGUGCGGCACCGACACAUACCUCCCGCCUGAGAUGGUGAGCCGGUCGCCGCAAGGCCAUGGGCUUCAAGUCGACAUGUGGCAACUCGGUUGCCUCUUGUACGAGCUCCGGUCGGGGUACCCGCCGUUCUACUUGCCACAAUCCAAGCAGAAACACACGCAUCAGCGUAUUUUAUUCCAGUCGCCCAAGUUUACUGCCGCCAUCUCGACGGAAUUUCAGGACUUGCUCACAAGCCUCCUCGAGAAGGACCCGACCAAGCGCCUCGGACACAUGGCCGGCAUCGCCGAGCUCAAGGCGCACCCAUGGUUCCACGGAGUCGACUGGGACCGUGUUUUGAAGAAGGAAACGACGCCGCCCAUUGUACCCAAGCCCGCCGGCGACGACUUUGUCGGCAACUUUGACCCGCAGUUCACCGAACAGCCGCACGCGCUCGACGAGGCCAACGCCAAGGACGACGCGUUCUUCAACGCAAACAAAGACUUUGCAGGCUUUGACUACGUGCGACCAAGCUUGAAGCCGGCCGCUCUCGAGCCAGCCCUUGACGCCGGCAUGGUCACGCUCAAGCUCUAACCACGCUGCUGUAACCUGCUGUACGUUAAUCCCACAAUCAGCAUCACAUUUUUU